AUGACAGAAGUGAAAGGAACUCCCAUCAUUAAAGGUUCACGAACAAUGCAAAUAACUGGCUUAUAUAAAGGAAGGGCAAUUAUUAUAAAAGACUCUUACAGUGUUAUAAAUAAGAAACUUAAACUAUUUCCUGCUAUGUUUAACUUACAAACAGGACCGAAAGAAGUAUUUCCAUACAACUACUACAGCAGUGUUUUGUUAGCAAAUGACAACAGAACUGGUGUCAUUUCUGAAGCAUGUAAGUUUGUAAAAGAUAUUGAAACGUUCAUGAAGAACAUAGAUUCCAUCAAAGGUUGCAGAAUAGAUGAGAACCACUUCGACUUAGAAAAAUAUAGCACGUUUUAUUGCAAACAAGAUGUAAGAAUUUUAAGAGAAGGUUUUGUUAAGUUCCGCAAUGACAUAUUGAAAGAAUUUGAUUUAAACGUUUAUGACUACGUUAGUAUUUGUUCAAUUGCUAACAAAUUAUUUGAGAACAGAGUGUACUUCCCGAAUGGAAAUCUUUAUGACCUCUCAAAUAAACCAAGAGAAUUUAUUUCGAGAUGCAUUCAAGGUGGAAGAUGUAUGUUGUCAGAUAACAUGAAACAAAAGAGCAAAAAGAAACUCAUUGCUGACUUCGACGCUGUUUCAUUAUAUCCAUCAGCUAUAGCAAGAUUGUAUACUUUAGAAGGAAUUCCAAAAGUAUUGAAGGAUGAGAUGCUAAGCACAGAGUAUCUCAUGAGACAUUUAUUCGAUGACGACCAAAAGGAACCCAUUGGUGAAAAGUUUAUGUCCGGCUUCUUUGUUCUCAUUAAGAUAACAGAGAUUGGAAUACAUAGACACUUUCCUUUAAUAGUUUGUGACCCUGAACUAAAUCCAG